UAUAGUAACAUUUAGAUGAUUUUAUUCAGCUAACGCAGAAAUCAGUAUCUUUGAAAACCAAGCGUAGAAUGGUUGCCCAUUUUGAAUGACAAAAAUUGAACAAUUAUAUUAAGUUAUUCGAUUAUCUUUGAUAAUGUCUUUUCACCUUCAAAAUGCGGACAAAAUUAAAUUAUGUUUGAUUAGCAAUUCUAUUCACCAAAUUGAUGAAACUCUCACAUUUUCUACGAAUCGAUUUUGUUGAUGUGAACCCCGAAUUGUUUCCAACAUUGUGAGUGUGUUAAUAUGUGAGGGGGUACCGUGGCAUCAACAUCUUAAACGGUUACAGCGUAUUAUUGUCAAAAAUAUAUUGAAUGUGUCACUCUUUAUAGUCUGUACGAGCGUUUUGUUCACGCCCAUUUGUUGUUGCUAUGUCUACGCGAGUAAAUGGCUAUAUGUCAGAAUAGUAAUCAGUUUAAAUUUCAUCAUCAAAGCGGAAACUCAUGUUCAAACAUUCUACAUAGUGACAAAACCAAAACCAAAAAAAAAUGUUUCAUUUUAAUUCUACAUUUAUGAAUUGAUUGUGCAACAAAUCGUGAAACACCACCAAAAAAAAUUGAAUCCUCGCAAAUUGAAAAUAAAAUAAAAAUAGUUUGAAUUUUGUGUGAUACGUGGAAUAAAAAUGGAUACAAAUACAGAAAAUAUGCAGCAUAUGGAUCCAACACUUCGUCGCUACCGCACAGCGUUUACACGUGAGCAAUUGGCGCAUCUCGAAAAGGAAUUUUAUAAAGAAAAUUAUGUGUCGCGUCCCCGUCGCUGUGAACUUGCCGUUCAACUUGGUCUGGCCGAGUCGACAAUUAAGGUUUGGUUCCAAAAUCGGCGAAUGAAGGAUAAACGUCAACGUAUUGCUGCUACGUGGCCAUAUGCCGCUGUCUACGCUGAUCCAAAUUUUGCUGCUUCACUACUUCAGGCGGCUGCCAGUUCCGUCGGUAUGCCAUAUUAUGCGCCAAAUCCGAUGAUUCCACAAAUAUCCCUCAUUCCACCAACACAGAUUCCAUCAUCGGCAGCAAAUCCGUAUGCAUACGGCUACCGAUACUCACCGUAUCAACUUCCGCAUCGAAAUUCAACGGGCAUUCCAUCACCUCAAUCACACUCGUCACCUUUAUCAACACCACCCAAUGGAGCAAUAAUCGCAAAUGGUUUGAACACUUCAUUCAACAGCGAUUUCUUACAAAGUCCCAGUUCAUCAAGGUCACCACUGUCACUAUCACCAGUUUCAGAAUCAGAAAAGUUUGCUAAAAUCACAGCCGCCUCAAAUUACACAAUUCAACAAUAAUAAUGCAGGUGAAACAACGAUUUCCAAAUUGGAAAUACCAAAACUAUUCCAACCGUAUAAGUCUGAAUGAAAAUAUUUCUACAUAGAAGGAAAGUAAGCAGUUCAUUUUCCAAUACAAAUUGCCAUAUACUGUAUCAUAAAUUUCUUUAGGGACUAAACAAAAUUAGUGUUGGAAUUAAUAAAUAAGUAGCUGUACUUGAAAUAAUUGUAUGUUUUAAAGAGUUUUUUCUCUUUCUUGAAAUCGGUGAAUAAACUCAAAUUAUUAAUAUGUGAUCAAAACAA